CCUUUGAAGCAACCAUAAGAGAUACCAGAGACAUGAGAGCAAAAACAGUCAGUCAGGACUUAAAUGUUGAUGCUGUUAGACAAAAUUUUAGAAGGGCAUCAAAUCCAUGCAAGAAAUGUGGGCGAGCACACAAUAAAUACUCCCCACAAUCCUGCCCAGCAUAUGGUGCCAGGUGCAAUACAUGUGGCAAGAUGAAUCAUUGGCAAAAAAUGUGUCUGUCAGUACCAGAAGAUAAGAAAAAAACGUACACAAAGUAAGAACACGGGCCAAAGACAAUACACCAGAAAUAAAGUCCAUAGGAACUUCAACAGUGACAAAUUUAAGAAAGCUAACAGAACGUCUGCAGUGCAUGAGUUCAGCCAAGAUGAUCCUAAUGAGGACUAUUUCACAAUAAGUUCUGUUAGAGUAGCAGAGGUGUCAAACAAUGAUGAUAAUGAAGCCCUUCGAACUAUCAAAGUCAGAAGCCCCAGCAACAAGACUGGCUCAAUGACAGUUAAAGUCGAUACAGGGGCUGGAGCAAACCUGCUUCCAAUAAGAGCAUUUCGAAUCAUGUGCCCAGAUUCAUUAGAUGCUUAUGGAAAGCCAAAUAUCAGUCUGACCAACAACUGCCAAAAGAAUUUGGUUGCAGUGAACAAUUUGAAACUCAAGCAUUUUGGGUCAAUCAAAUUAAAGUGCACAUGCGACAAUUCGAACUGGGUCAAUGCAGACUUUUACAUUCUGGACCAAGAAGUUGGACCAAUCAUUUUGGGUCUGCCAAGCCUGAGAGCCCUAGGCAUGGUCACAAUUCAUGAGACAUGGAUGUACUCUCACCCAACCAUGGCCGUCCAGUCAGUGGAUGAUUUAAAGAAAUCAUACCCGGAUCAGUUCGAUAGAAUUGGAAAUUUUCAAGGGAAAUACCACAUAGUGCAGAAAGAAGGUUCAAGACCAGUCGUCCAUGCACCAAGAAAAUUUCCUAUACAUAAAAAGGACGAACUCCAAAACCGGCUUACAGAGAUGGAAAAAGUAGGAGUUAUCAAAAAGGUGUCGGAACCCACAGAUUGGGUCAACAGCAUGGUUUGCACCAUGAAGAAAGAUGGCAGUCUACGCAUAUGUUUAGAUCCAAAAGAUUUAAAUAAAGCUAUAAAGAGAAGUCACCAUAAGACCCCCACACAAGAGGAAAUCACACACAAGCUUGCAGACUCAAGAUUCUUCAGCAAACUUGAUGCAAAGAAUGGCUAUUGGUCAGUCAAGCUUGUUGAAACCAGCUCCUUCCUCACUACAUUCAACACUCCUUUUGGCCGCUACAGAUAUCUCAGAAUGCCUUUUGGUCUGGUUAUGUCACAAGAUGUUUUCCAGCAAAAAAUGGAUCAGAUCCUCGAAAACUGCCCUGGUAUCAUUGGCAUCGCUGACGAUGUCGUCGUGUUUGGAAAAACUGAAGAGGAGCACGACAAAAAUCUGCAUAACCUCUUCAAGAUUGCCAAGCAGCAAGGAUUAACUUUCAACAGUGCAAAAUGCAUGAUCAAGCAGGAACAAGUGAAAUUCUUUGGCACUGUUUAUGACAAGGAAUGCUCUCACCCAGAUCCAGACAAGGUAUCAGCAAUUAAAGCACUGCCGAGCCCUAGAAAUGUCACAGAGCUGCAACAAUUUUUAUGGAUGGUCACCUAUAUGUCGCCAUUUAUCCCAAACCUGGCUGAUGAAACUGCGCCGCUUAGAAGUCUCCUAAAAAAAAGAAUAGACUUUACAUGGUCACCGACCCACGAGAAAGCAUUUGAACACAUAAAGGAUAUUCUGUGCACAGAUGCAACACUGGCACAUUUCAAUCCAAAUAAACCAACAGUCAUACAAGUAGAUGCAUCUCAAAAAGGCAUUGGUGCUGCAAUAGUACAAGACAACAAGCCUAUUGCGUAUGCAUCCAAGUCUCUGUCUGAAACAGAGCAACGCUAUUCCAAUAUCGAAAGAGAACUACUUGCAGUGGUGUUUGGAUGUGAAAGAUUUCACACGUAUGUAUAUGGCAAAGCAUUCCAAGUGGAGAGUGACCAUAAACCGCUAGAAAUUAUUCAGCUAAAGAAUCUGACAGCAGCACCGCCCAGGCUGCAGCGUAUGUUAAUGAGGAUGCAGCACUAUGAUGUCACAAUCCGAUACAAGUCAGGAAAAGAUCUUUUAUUAGCAGAUGGUCUGUCACGUUUGCCAUCAAUGGACAACCAAUACAUUGGUCUAGACCUACAGAUCAACUUUGUUACAUUCAGCAACGAAAAAUUAGACCAACUUAGACAUGGACUAAGAGAAGUCAUUAUCCAAGGAUGGCCAGAGACAAUGAAAGAUCUACCAAGGAUGUUACAACAAUACUGGUCCUUCAGAGACGAGUUAUCUAUUGAAGAUGGGCUGGUGAUAAAAGGCAGCAGAGUCAUAAUCCCAGCAUCAAUGCAAAAACUUGUGCUUGACCGCAUCCACGAAGAACACCAAGGCAUCACAAAGUGCCAACUUCGAGCCAAAGACUCCGUGUACUGGACUUCAAUCAAUAAGGACAUUGAAGAGAUAGUCCAGCAGUGUCCCACAUGCCAAGAAACGUCAAGGUCGCAAACAAAGGAAACCCUCAUCCCGCAUGAACUUCCUACACAACCAUGGCAAUAUGUUGGAACAGAUCUUUUCCAUUAUGGAGAAAAUGACUACCUGAUUGUUGCUGACUACUACUCAAAGUUUCCAAUUAUCAGAAAAAUGCCCAUACACGUUACAAGCACGGCUGUGAUCAAGGCAUUGAAGAAUUUGUUUUCUGAGUAUGGAGUCCCUGAAAGAGUAUAUAGUGACAAUGGACGUCAAUACAGCUCUGAAGAAUUUGUUAAGUUUGCUUCGAACUGGGAGUUUGAACAUAUAACAAGCUCACCCCACUAUCCUCAGUCCAAUGGAUUCAUCGAGAGGACCGUUCAGACUGUCAAAAACACCAUCGAUAAGGCAAAAAGAAGCAACCAGGAUCCGGAUAUUGCAUUGUUAACCAUACGUACCACACCACUGGAUAGCAAGUUGCCAAGCCCAGCAGAACUUCUAAACGGGAGGAAGAUGAGGAGCAAUCUACCCCUUCACCUGCCUACAGAGGAAAGGCAGAAACAAGAAGUCUAUGAGAACUUCAAGAGGAAGCAAGACACACAAAAGCAGUAUUAUGACCGAGGAGCAAAAGACCAACAGAUACUCCUACCAGGCCAAGCUGUUCGAGUUCAAGACCACAUAACUGGAAGAUGGACACCCGCCACAGUCAUUGAGAAAUCCCAAGAACCUCGAUCCUACAUAGUGGAGACACAAAAUGGAGGUAUCUUGAGAAGAAACAGGCGGCACAUCAGGCAGACACCACAGCCCAGGUAUCUAAUUCCAGAAGAAGACCAUCGAGAAGAGUCUACUGAAACAACAGUGAAUAUGAAUAACAAUGAAGAUCAUGUGAGCAAAGCUCUUAAAAUAGUGCCUCAAGAACAAGAAUUACCCCAUGAAGGCACAAGAACAAGAUAUGGCCGUACCAUCAAGAAGCCCAAUAGACUGAACUUGUAAUCAGUUCCGUUCUCUAUAGUGUGUAUGUAAAAUGCUUUAUAGUGUUAAGGAAAGUGCUAUCAUAAUGGCCAGUAUACUAACCUGAUUCUCAAAACAAGGUGCUAUGUUCCUACCUGAUUCUGUUUGAAAAUUACUGAAAAAGGUGCCAAUUCUCAUUUUACAUGUCUGUGAACUACAAAGCAUUCUCAGGUGCAAUCUCAGUUACCCAACUUAAGAAGCUCAAUGAAUGUCAAACUAUAUUUUUGAUACACUUCAGAUUCUCACAUAUUUUGUAACUAACUGCCAAACAUUAUAUCUCAUAUAUGAUAAGAAUCUAACCCCAUUUUCUUUUGUUUCUUGAAAGAGAGGGGUGUCAACCAUAAUUAUCUCAUUUAUAAUUAUGUGCUUUAUAUAUUUUAUAUUAUAACUUUAGUAACGUAUCCCUCUAUACAUUUUGCAUGCGUACGUAACCCCUAUGUAAACAUCAGUGUUGUACACUCCUCCAGAAUAUACUCGUGUAGCUCAGCAGAGCUCCGUAUUUUAUUCACCUUUUCCCCUCAAAUGGAGCAACCAAACAACAUAUAAAACAAUCCUUUAUAAGCGUCCCUAGAUAGAAGGAUUCAUUGGAGUGUCGGUAAAGUGAUAAAGCUGUGUGGGCAAGCAGCGUGGGUCCGAUUACGUGGUCUAAUCAUUAUAGAAUAGUGUCCCGCGGUCUCUAAGGUCUGUUUAUAAACAAUGUCAAGUUUUACGAAUCCAAUAGCUGGGGACUUCCGUUUGAACCGCCAUAGAGACAACAUCUAUACCGGUAAACGUAAAUAUAAGUGAAGUGUGUAGUGAACACAUGGACGAUAAACUCAACCCUGAACCAGGAGAAAGACCUGGUAAAGAUAAACAAAUGGACUAUGAAACCUUAAAUAACAGAAGACGCAAAAAUAGCGAAAGUGACAACGAAGAAAACCCACCCUCCAAGCAACACCGAAACGAAAAAGCCGGAAAGAACUUCACGCAUUUCCAACCAGUUAUGAACAAUAACACAGAAUCCAACUCUCAAGUAAGAUCAAAUCAAAAUGUAUUACUCAUACAAUUAGUAGGAGAAUCAUCAAACUCCAACUUCAAUAACCCAAUUAAAUUAACAAAUGCAAUAAAUAACUCAGAUUUUCAUAAAUACAUCAAAGAAGAUUCAUUAAGAGUAUUAGGUAUUAGGAAGGUUAUCAGAUUUGAAGUAAAUGAUAUAAAAAAAA